UCAACUUCCAGGAGCGGGCAGCGGGCGCCGACGGGAGUGUCAGUCUCUCCCGCCCGGGGACUGGGCCGGGCAGCCGCGGCGCUCAGCGUUCUCCCGCACCGUCGCCAUGGGCGGCUCGGCCUCCAGUCAGCUGGACGAGGGCAAGUGCGCCUACAUCCGAGGGAAAACUGAGGCUGCUAUCAAAAACUUCAGUCCCUACUACAGUCGCCAGUACUCUGUGGCUUUCUGCAAUUACGUACGCAGUGAAGUAGAACAGCAAAGAGAUUUAACAUCACAAUUUUUGAAGACCAAGCCACCAUUGGAGCCUGGAACUGUUUUGUAUGAAGCAGAGCUAUCACAGUUUGCUGAGGACAUAAAGAAAUGGAAGGAGAGAUAUAUUGUGGUUAAAAAUGACUUUGCUGUGGAAAGCUAUGAGAACAAAGAGGCCUAUCAGAGAGGAGCUCCCCCUAAAAGCCGAAUUCUUCCAGCUGGUGGCAAGGUGUUAACCUCAGAAGAUGAAUACGGUUUAUUAUCUGAUCGGCAUUUCCCAGACCCCAUUGCGUCCAGUGAGAAGGAGAACACGCAGCCCUUUGUGGUCCUGCCCAAGGAAUUCCCGGUGUACCUGUGGCAGCCAUUCCUCAGACAUGGCUACUUCUGCUUCCAGGAUGCCGCUGACCAGAAGAAGUUCAGUGCUCUCCUGAGUGACUGCAUCAGACAUCUAAAUCAUGAUUACAUGAAGCAGACGACAUUUGAAGUCCAAGCCUUUUUAGAAGCUGUGCAAUUUUUCCGACAGGAGAAGGGACACUAUGGCUCGUGGGAAAUGAUCACUGGGGAUGAAGUCCAGAUCCUGAGUAACCUGGUGAUGGAGGAGCUCAUGCCAACCCUUCAGACAGACAUCCUGCCUAAAAUGAAGGGGAAGAAGAACGACAGAAAGAGGGCCUGGUUUGGUCUCCUCGAAGAGGCCUACAACCUGGUUCGGCAUCAAGUUUCAGAAGGAUUAAGUGCAUUGAAGGAGGAAUGCAGGGCUCUGACGAAAGGCCUGGAAGGCACCAUCCGUUCAGACAUGGAUCAGAUUGUGAACUCAAAGAACUUUUUAAUUGGAAAGAUCAAAGCGAUGGUGGCUCAGCCAGCAGAGAGAAGUUGUGCAGAGAGUGUGCAACCAUUCCUGGCAUCCAUUCUGGAGGAACUCAUGGGACCGGUGAGCUCAGGAUUCAGUGAAGUACGCUCACUCUUUGAAAAAGAAGUGGAUGAACUUAACCAGAACUUUCAGACCACCAAAGACUGUGCCCAGCUGAAGGAGCAUCUAGACCGGCUUAUGAAUCUUCCAUUGGAUUCCGUGAAGAUGGAACCUUGUUACAGUAAAGUCCACCUGCUUCAGGAGCACCUGCAGGAUCUCAAGAGCCGCUUCAGAUUCCCCCACAUCGAUCUGGUGGUCCAGAGGACACAGAACUACAUGCAAGAGCUAAUGGAGAAUGCGGUAUUCACUUUUGAGCAGUUGCUUUCCCCACAUCUCCAAGGAGAGGCCUCCAAAACCACAGUCGCCAUAGAGAAGGUUAAGCUCCGAGUCUUAAAGCAAUAUGAUUAUGACAGCAGCACCAUCCGGAAGAGGAUAUUUCAAGAGGCGCUGGUUCAAAUCACACUUCCCACCGUGCAGAAGGCACUGGCGUCCGUGUGCAAACCAGAGCUUCAGAAAUAUGAGCAGUUCAUCUUUGCAGAUCACACCAAUAUGAUCCAUGUUGAAAAUGUCUAUGAGGAGAUUUUACAUCAGAUCCUCCUUGAUGAAACUCUGAAAGUGAUAAAGGAAGCUGCUAUCCUGAAGAAACACAAUUUAUUUGAAGACAACAUGGCCUUGCCCAGUGAAAGCGUGUCCAGCUUAACUGAUCUAAAAACUCCUGCAGGGUCAAACCAGGCCAGCCCUGCCAGGAGAGCCUCGGCCAUUCUGCCAGGAGUUCCAGAUAGUGAGAUCCUGAGUAACGAGGUAUUCCAGGAGGCAGGCGAAAAGAAACAGCCAGGGGUCCCUAGUCCAUUGGCCAAAGGAGAAAGCCUUUGUUUCCCUGUGCCCAGCCCGCCCCCAGAUGGGGAGGGGCAGGUCAUCAUUUCAAGCACAGAUGACCCAGUUGUGAAUCCUGUGGCUGCAGAGGACACAGCAGGAGCCCUGGGCAAACACUCGUCAGAGGUGGAGUUUGGAGAGACUCAUGAGGGCCAAGAAUCCACCCAGGAAAAGCCAGAGCCCACCUCCGCCUUGGGCUCCUUGAAAGAGCUCAGAAAUUUGUUGGCGGUGACCAUUGAAGUACCAGUGGAAUCUGCCGCGCCUGAGAUUGAAAAAGAUACAAGUAAGGAGACCCUUGUUCCCCAAGAAAUUGAAAAAGAAGAGGAAACGACCCAAAUCUACACAGAGACCAAUCAAGCAGCUGCCUCUAGUCAGGUCAACGGCGAAGAAAGUGAGGCCAGUGAGAGGGAGGCCCAUCCUCCCUCUCCCGAGGCUGAGGCUGAUGGGGUAGAGUUGGGGGCGUCUCCAGAGGCUCAGCCAGCCUGCGGGGGGCUCAGCGAGGGCGCCAGGGGCCCAGGCCCCUUAGAGGAGCCAGCGGAGGCCGGGGAGCCCACGGAGAGGGAGCUCAUGGCGGGGGCUUCCGGACUGGACGCCCUUGAAGGAGGAGGGCCCAGGUGCACUGCGGAGGCUGAGGCUAUGCCCCAAGAAGGUUGCAAGUUAAGUUCUGACCCCGUCAGCCCCAGUGAGAGCCAGGUUUCUCUGGAAGAAGAGGCGGUGGGAGGGAGUCGCAGCACAGCCCAGGCGACCGCUAGCGUGGAGGCAAAGGAGAGUAAGGCUGCCCACGUUUACGAGUGUCAGUGGGUGGUUGAGAGUGAGGCCGACACCGAUUGCCGAGAUUCACAGAGAGAAGAUCCCCCAGAGCGGCCCUCGGAGGAGUGAAAGAGACAAUUUGCCAAAAGUCUUUCUUUGAACAAACUCAGCCAAAAGGAUACAGCUCAAGGAUACACUGAGGGGUUGCCUGCAAGUUGUUACCAGAAAAAAAAGAAAAAAAAUUAUGAAGUACUUCCUUAAUUUGUGUAAUGAAGCUAGAGGGAAAGCGCGUAGAGCAUGAGCGCUGAGGCAAACCUUUGUGCAGUGGAACUGUUCUGCCAUGAAUUACUGCUUUAGCAUUUUGACAGGAAUCACAAAGGUAACGGAGUGUGUGGGGUGAGAGGCAGCUGAGGGUGUCCCGGGAGGGAGGGUGCUGCGGAGAAGACAGUCGGAGCGCGCUGCACAUUCUCUUCUAAUGCACUUCAAGGCUUUUAAAUUUUUUGUAAGAAUGCAAAGGCAUACUGUAAAUGCAGCUUCGCCGUCUACUUACUAUACCAGCCUCAUGGUCUCUUAAGGACUCGGCAUUAGCCCACAUUCAGGCUGCAAGAAAGGGAGGUGGUGAACGUCAGUCCCCCCUGCUGUGUGCAGCCCCACAGAGCUUGAGAGAUCAUGCCCGAGACAUCUCAGGGGAAGCUGAGCAGAAACGGAGGAAGGUUGUGGUCUGUGCAGCUGUCUGGGCCUCUUCCUAAUUGUGCUAUCAAUUUCUUACUAAUUAAUCUUGUUAAUUCUUAUAAAUUAAUCACUUUUUGAAGAAAAUCAGAUGAGACAAGGAAAUUUCCUGGGCAUGUUUAAGCCUGAAAGCAUUCCAAAUUAGCCUUAGACUGUGCAGAAAAAGAGCUUAGCUGAAUUAUCGAGCAUAAAUCCUACCAAUUAAACAGACAUCAUUUGAACAGCUAUUCUAGGCCACAUGCUGUGUCAGGCACAGUCACAACAACAACAAAAAAAGAAUGAAAGAAAGAAAGAAAAAAAUGAAAAGAUAAGGUGCUUGUCUAGUAUAAAUUAAAAGGCCCAAAGGAAUUUAAUCUAAAAGAAAAAAUAUGCCAAUUUUCAAACCAUGACAAAUUUCUGUCUUUCUAUUGAAACAAUCCUGGUUUAUUCUCAGGAGGGAAUGAAGUGAAUAAAAUGAAUUAAAAAAGAAAGAAAGAAGAAAAGAGGGAAAGAAAAGGGAACGAGAAAGGAAGAAAGAGAGAGAAAAACCAAGCUAUAGAUCAUUAAGUUCCAAAGAUGUUACCAAAAAUGGAAAUUAUUUGUUCAGUUGUUCAGCAAGUUGAGUCUUGUUAUGUCCCAGGUGCUGGGAUACUGUGGUGAAAAUGACUCUGCUCCUUUCUUCCAGAACUUACACUUUAAUGGAAAUAGAUGGAAAUAUGUCUUCUAAAUGGAUCAUGACCUUUCCCUGUUAAUGUUAAAGGUGGAAUGGACUUACUUGUAAAAGAUUAAAAAGAUGUGUCCUCUUGUCCUUCAGAAAAAUACCAGAUUAUUUCCUGAAAGCUUUAGUCCCAGUUCCACAUCUU